AUGUGCGGAUUCACGUCGCUCGCUCUGUGGUACGACGGCGGCGAGUCGUGGGCCGUCGGAUCGUCCUCCAUCUCCACGUACGUCGUCUCGGGUGGACUAUCGUACGGCGCUAUUCCCGACGCCGGUAUUCCCGAGACGUACCCCCCACCGGCCCCCCACCGCCAUUGCUCUUGCGCGCCCCAUUCCCGCCGCGGGCCCGCGCCUCCGGCAUAUGCGCCGUACGGGCCGCCGUACGCCGCGGGGCCUCGACCGCCGCGAUGCAUGCCCCCGUCGCGCAUGCCUGGGUCGCGCAUCGCCAUGGAUCGCAGCGCGAGCUCACUCAAUCCUGCCGCUCCCGUGUCUCAGGCUUUCGGCCUGAAGACUGCCUCCUCCAAGGUGUCCUGCUCCCUGGAGGAGAACGUCCGCGGCUUCGUGCAGAAGGCUGCUGAUGCCGGCAAGACCGCCGCUCUUGCUCUCGCCUCGACCGCCCUGCUUGCGUCGGCUGCCCAGGCUGAGAUCCCCAGGCUGACCUUCGAGGAGCUCCAGAGCCUCACCUACUCUGAGGUGAAGGGCAGCGGCAUCGCCAACCAGUGCCCCAUCAUCGCUGGCGGUGUUGAUGGCUUCGCCUUCAAGUCGGGCAAGUACCAGGUCACCAAGAUGUGCCUGGAGCCCACCUCCUUCACCGUGAAGGCCGAGUCCCAGUUCAAGGGCCAGGGCGAGGAUUUCCAGAAGACCAAGCUCAUGACCCGCCUCACAUACACUCUGGACGAGAUUGAGGGUCCCCUUGAGGUCUCCGGCGACAAGAUCAAGUUCACCGAGGUUGACGGCAUUGACUACGCCGCUGUCACCGUCCAGCUGUCCGGUGGCGAGAGGGUGCCGUUCCUCUUCACCAUUAAGGAGCUGGUUGCCUCUGGCACGCCCGACAGCUUCGGCGGGUCCUUCCUGGUGCCGUCCUACCGCGGUGCCACGUUCCUUGACCCCAAGGGCCGUGGUGGUGCCCAAGGGUACGACUCUGCCGUUGCCCUCCCUGCUGGUGGCUUCGGUGACAACGAGAAGCUAAGGAAGGAGAACGAGAAGUCGUACAAGUCCUUGAGCGGCAACAUCACCUUCAGCGUGGCCAAGUCGAACGUUGAGACUGGCGAGAUUGGCGGAGUGUUCACCAGCGUGCAGCCCUCUGACACUGAUAUGGGUGCCAAGGUUCCCAAGGAAGUGAAGAUCCAGGGCAUCUGGUACGCCCAGGUGAACUAG